AUGGCUCUCUUGUCACCUUUCAUAGCAAUUUUCUCCAUAGCGUCAGGCUCCUACCACCGUGCCGAGGAGGCUGCAGACGCCGUGGAAUCAGUGUUUCUCAAGGUUCCCUCUAAAGUCAUCCAUGGUACCACCACGCUGUUGAGAAAGAUAGGUUUUGGGAUUGUUGGUGCUGUAUACGUGUGCAUGGUUAUGAUUGUGGUGAUGUUAUUGGCUGCAAUGUUGGGAGUUGGAUUAGUUCAACUGUGGAUAGAGGAGCCUGUGUUUAUGCGAGAGAGUUUAUUCUUUGAUUACACAGAUGCGAACCCUAAGGCGGUGUUUACUUUUGGUGGGUUUGUCGACGAUGGGAGCAUCAAGAAAGGGCCUAUGGGAGUUCCACCUGGGCACACAUUCCAUGUUUCCGUGGCUCUCUUGAUGCCUGAAUCUGAUCACAAUAGGCAAAUUGGGAUGUUUCAGUUGACUGCAGAGGUUUUAUCAGCUGAUGGAAACGUGAAGGCAAAAUCUAGCCAGCCAUGCAUGUUGCGGUUCAGAAGCCCGCCAAUUCGGCUUCUACGAACAUUUCUCAUGGGUGCACCCUUACUAUUAGGAAUUUCUGAAGAAACUCAGAAGUUCUCCAUUAAAAUGCUACAGCUCAAGGAAAGGCAUCCACGAAGCAAAGUGAUCAGAGUGACUUUAAUACCAAGGGCUGGAACAGUAUGCCUCCCACAGUUAUAUGAAGCGGAGAUCCUCCUGAUUUCUAAGCUGCCAUGGACAAAAGAAGUGGUGCGCAAUUGGAAAUGGACAUUUUAUGUCUGGGCAUCCAUAUAUAUUUACAUCACGAUGCUUAUAAUUAUUCUAGGUUGCUGCAGACCACUUGUUUCCCCAAUUACAGCAGUAGAUCCCAGUUACUGCCCCGAUAGUGCUGAGACAGAGUAUACUGGAGAAUCAAAAGAGGCACGAGCCGAAGGAAGGGAUGAAAAGGGAAUUUCAGAGGUCUUGAGAAGAUGGCAGCAAAGGAGGAGGAAGAGAAAGGCGAUCGUUUUGCAUGGAGAGAUGGCGGACAGUACGGAAUGCUCAUCGGCAAGCAUUACCAGGGAAGACACAAGUUUGGCCGUUGAUGAACAGGACAUUGUAGAUUCAGAAUCAGUUUGUUAA